ACGGACCUCAUAAAGUUGCUACUUCCUCAUGGAAAGCCAAUGUGCCAAAGAAAACAUUUGGUGUGGCAAGGCACAAGGCCAAUAACCGACCAGCUUUUCAAAUGGAAGAGAUAGCAUGCCAAGUCUUCUACCCUUGCGACCCCAAUACAAAGAGGCUAAGAUGGGGAUACAGCUGGCUUCCAAGCCCCUCUGAUUCCUGCCUACAAAUCAAUGUUACUCAAAGCCCACGAACGCCCGGAGUAACAGAAGAACGUACGAUGGCAACACUUUCAAUCAUCGAUUUGGCUGGUAGUGAACGCGCUAGUGCUACCAAGAAUAUGGGAAAGCGAAUGGUCGAAGGAGCAAAUAUCAACAAGUCCCUGCUUGCGCUCGGGAACUUUAUGAUUGUGUGCGUGGCACCCACCUCCAAUCAUCUCGAGGAUACUGGAAAUACUCUUGCGUACGCAAAUCGUGCCAAAGAAAUCAAGACCAAGGUCUCCAAGAAUAUCAUGGAUGUCGAUCGUCAUGUUGGUCAAUACGUUGAGGCUAUCAAUAGGCUCAAUGACGAAGUACGUGAGCUCAAAGCGAAAUUGGCUGGUGAGAUGGCCAUGGAGAAUGAAGCCGUGAGGCGCCGUCGUCUCAAUGCUGCAAAGGCGGUCGAGUCGAUUCGUGCUGAAAUUAAAGCACUGGCAACGAAAAGCAAGACAGCACUUUGUGGAGCAUCAUUUACGGCGGGCAACAUUGCAGCUUCUCAUGCAAAGAUGGAAAUCAUUCGCUCGAGGAUCAAGGAAAUUGAUGCCAAAGGGGAGCUGACAUCUGAUCUCGAGGCUGAAAGGGAGCUGCUUAAAUCUGUCGCUGCUACUGAGGAGGAAGUCAUCCGGAAAGAAGCAGAUGUGGUCAAUCGAGGCACGAGUACAGAUGCACUAUUCAAGACCAAUGUCGGACUGGCCCAGAAGCGCACUUCUGAUGA